AUGGUUAGUGCUUCUUUUAAGAACUGGUUUGUAAAGUUGGAUGCAGUUAUAUGGGCGUACAAAACUGCGUUCAAAACGACCAUAAGGACUUCACCAUUCAAAUUAUUGUAUGGAAAAUCAUGUCACCUACCUGUUGAGAUUGAACAUAAAGCUUAUUGGGCAAUUAAGAUGCUUAAUAUUGAUCUUAGUCUUGCAAGUGAACACAGGUUGGCGCACAUGAAUGAAUUAAAGGAGUUUAGACUGGACGCGUAUGCAAAUGCGCGAAUUUUUAAGGAAAAGACAAAGAGGUGGCAUGAUCAUCUGAUUAAGCCAAAGGAGUUUCAUGAAGGGGACAGAGUCUUACUAUACAAUAAUAUACUUAGGUUGUUCCCCAAAAAAUUCAAGUCAAAAUGGAUAGGUCCGUAUGUUGUGAAACACGUCUCACCGUAUGGCGCUAUUGAAAUACGGGAUGAAGAUGGGAAUGAAAGCAUUAAGGUGAAUGGGCACAGGUUGAAAACGAACCUUGGUGGAGGAUUUGACAAGCAAUCCUCUAGCAUCGUGAUCAAAUGA